AACUUCCAAAUUUGAGAAACUCACUCUUCUAGAAACUCACCCAGAACCUCCACCCUCUGACACCAUGGUCAGCUCCUGUUGUGGCUCCGUCUGCUCUGACCAGAGCUGUGGCCGAAGUCUCUGCCAGGAGACCUGCUGUCGCCCCAGCUGCUGCCAGACCACCUGCUGCAGGACCACCUGCUACCGCCCCAGCUGUGGUGUGUCCAGCUGCUGCCACCCCGUCUGCUGCCAGCCCACCUGCCCUCGCCCCACCUGCUGCAUCUCUAGCUGCUCCCGCCCCUCCUGCUGUGUUUCCAGCUGUGGUUCCAGCUGCUACAGACCAACCAGCUGCAUCUCCAGCUGCUGCAGGCCCCAGUGCUGCCAGCCUGUGUGCUGCCAGCCCACCUGCUCUCCCCCCACCUGCUGCAUCUCUAGCUGCUACUGCCCCUCCAGCUGUGGCUCCAGCUGUGGCUCCAGCUGCUGCAGGCCUACCUGCUGCAUCUCCAGCUGCAGGCCCCGGUGUUGCCAGUCUGUGUGCUGUCAGCCCAGCUGCCCCCGCAUCUCCAGCUGCUGCCACCCCUCUUGCUGUGGCUCCAGCUGCUGCCGCCCGAGCUGCUGCCUGAGCCCAGUGUGUGGCCGGGUCUCCUGCCACACCACUUGCUAUCGCCCCACCUGUGUCAUCUCCACCUGCCCGUGCCCCGUGUGCUGUCCCUCCUCUUGCUGCUGAGCCACCUCUCUGAACCCACUCUCUCCUCUUUAUCCAUCUUAUCACAGAAGCAGACUCCAUGCAUCACACAGACACCAGAGGAGAGGCCAUUCCCAUAGUUUGUGUGUCCACAUCCUGGCCUCAGGCCAGACUCUCUCCUUUGUUGGCCUUUUCCUUACUAGCAAAUGAAACUAAGUGGUAUUUAUAGAAAUAAAUUAGCAGAGUUGCCCCAGUUCUAUACUUGACCUUUUGAUUUGGGGGUAUUGGGUCUUCCAGUCUCAAACAUGAAAAUUCCCACAGGGCCUAUAGGGGCCCUGGUGUCACAGCCUCAGAUUUGAAAGUCUGGGGGCUACAUCCUAUAAUGCUUUUACAGUGAUAUUUUUGUAUCUUGUUUCUUCUUCUGAAUAAAGAUCCACUUUCCUGGCCCAUA